AUGCCUUCGGCGGCACCCGAGGGCCAUGUCGGCUUCGUCUGCAAGAAGCGCCGACGGGACGAGUGUGGCAGUCUCGGCGCCUUCCAGGGCAUCGCGGUGGCGACGGCGCCGUUGGACGACGACGUCUUCGAGAGGGCAAACAGCCGACAUCACAACAACAGCAGCAGCAACAACAACCACCGGAAGAUUCUGCCGGCCAGCAAGCGGCUGCGACUCGACGACGAUCGGAAACAGGUGCACCGGCCGCUAUCUGAGCGAAUAUCGCCAACUUCCAUGGCAACAUCCAACUCCACAUCUACAUCUACAUCUACAUCUACGUCCACGCCCACGUCCACAUUCAAUCCUCCUCCUUCGACAGCCCCUUGCCACAUCUGCCAUCGCCGACCACGACGGCGCUGCGACCUCGACUCGCUGGCCGACUGCGAGGGGUGUGGCCAGCGCACCUGCUUCGUCUGUCUGCGCGAAUGUCUCGGCGCCACCACGACCGCACAGACAGGUCGACGGCCAGCAAGAGCGGACGGCUUCGACGUCGGUCGCGAAACGUCGCCUGCUGCCUCGCCGCCUGCGUGGUCCCGCGGCUGCAGCGGCCACCGGCGGAUGAUCUGCAGCCGGUGCUGCGUCGAGCGUGGUCAGGACGGCGAGGUCGUCUGUCUCGGCUGCCUCCCCUUCGUCGAGGGCUGA